AUGUUCGGCAAACUGUUAACGACGUCUUGCUUGAUAGCACUAGCGAUUGCUGCUCCUUCAACUGAUGGCAAGAGCAGCAAACGUCGCCAGUACAUUGCCCCAUUGCCAGGAGUCGCGCAGGUGCCGAGAAAUCCGGUGCUCAUGGCAGCUCCGCCAGUGCCCGUAGUGGCUGCAGCUCCAGCAUUUGCUCCUAGGCCUGUUGCCGUUGCUGCCGCUCCUGUCGUCGCCGCCGCCCCCGCCGUUCCCCUCAUGCAGCCAGCUGUUCCAGUAGCCCCCGUCGGACAAUGCCCAGGAGGACCGUCGCUUCCAAUUGAAUGCGACCCAAAGAGACCAUGGCCACAAUGCCCACCACAAUCCUAUUGCUACGCCACCAAUUCGGUCGACAUUGGACCAUACUUCUGCUGCCCAAUUUGGUCCACCUAUGGAGCCGCCUGGCGUCCAGCCACCCCAUUCUACAACUACGUGCCACCAGUUCCAGCUAAUUGGCCAGAUGUUAUGAAGGUGACCGCCAACUGGCCAGCGGCCGCUGUUGCUCUUCCAGUCAAGGCUAGAAAGCAAGCGAAAGGAGAGGAAGUAGACGAGGAGCAGGAGAAGAUCGGAAGUGCCAUUAAUGGAUGGGUUGAGCGACAAUCGAAAUUGGUAAGUCGCUAA